AUGGGGCUGGGGGAGUGGGACCUUGGCUCCGCAUUCAGGAGGGGUCGCUCGGACAGAGCCUCAACCUGUUCUUGCUGCGAGCCCGCAGCCCCCACCACCUUGUGGCGUCCCCAUGUGCGCUUAGAAUCCUAGCACAGGAGGACUAGCCAGGCCCCCAUCGACAAACGAGAAAACUGAGGCUACGAGAGGGGACCAAGCGGACCCAAAGCCAUGCAGCAGAGAGUGGAGUCGAACCUAAACUCCUGCUUUGCGUGGCUAUACGCAGUCUCUCUAGGUGGGCGUGGUGCUGACUGAGGGCCCUGGAACCUUCCCUACCUAAGCUUCUCAGCUGUCCAGCUCCCUCUCUCUCAUUCUUUCCCUCGUUCCUGGAAUUUCAGAGCCGGUGAGCAUCUCCAAAACAAUCCCUCCAUUUUGCAGAUGGGACAACUGAGGCUCGGAGAGGCUGUGACUUCAAGGCAUACGAUGCCUUGCCCCUGUCUAGAAUCCAGGAUUCAUCCCCAUCCCCAGCCUUCCCAGUAAAACUAAGUUCCCCAGGCUUGUUCUGGGAGCGGGAUGUGUGUGUUGCAUACUUUCUAAGGCGGCAGCAGCAGCAGAAGAGGCGGCUCCAUCCAGCCCGUGGGCUCCUGCUCCUCCUCGGCAUGGCUGGCUACCUGAGUGAAUCAGACUUUGUGAUGGUGGAGGAGGGCUUCAGCACCCGAGACCUGCUGGAGGAGCUCACUCUGGGGGCCUCACAGGCCACCACGGGCGAGGUUGCUGCUUUCUUCGUGGCUGAUCUGGGUGCCAUAGUGAGGAAGCAUUUUGGCUUUCUCAAGUGCCUGCCACGAGUCCGGCCCUUUUACGCUGUCAAGUGCAACAGUAGCCCAGGUGUGCUGAAGGCCCUGGCUGAGCUGGGGCUGGGCUUCAGCUGUGCCAACAAGGCAGAGAUGGAGUUGGUCCAGCAGAUUGGUGUCCCUGCCAGUAAGAUCAUCUACGCCAACCCCUGUAAGCAAAUUGCACAGAUCAAGUAUGCUGCCAAGCAUGGGGUCCGGCUGCUGAGCUUUGACAAUGAGAUGGAGCUGGCAAAGGUGGCAAAGAGUCACCCUGGUGCCAGGAUGGUUCUGUGUAUCGCUACCGAUGACUCCCACUCCCUGAGCCGACUGAGCAUGAAGUUUGGAGCGUCACUGAAAUCCUGCAGACACCUACUUGAAAAUGCCAAGAAGAGCCACAUGGAGGUGGUGGGUGUGAGUUUUCACAUUGGCAGUGGCUGUCCUGACCCUCAGGCCUUCGCUCAAUCCAUCGCAGAUGCCCGGCUUGUGUUUGAAAUGGGUGUUGAGCUGGGCCACAGAAUGUACAUCCUGGACCUUGGUGGUGGAUUCCCUGGUGUGGAGGGAGCCAAAGUGAGAUUUGAAGAGAUUGCUUCUGUGAUCAACUCGGCCUUGGACCUGUAUUUCCCAGAGGGCUGUGGUGUGGACAUCCUUGCCGAGCUAGGGCGCUACUACGUGACCUCGGCGUUCACCUUGGCUGUCAACAUCAUUGCCAAGAAGGAGGUUCUUUUAGAUCAGCCCAGCAGGGAGGAGGAAAACGGUUUCACCCCCAAGACCAUCGUGUACCACCUUGAGGAGGGCGUGUAUGGGAUCUUCAGCUCAGUCCUGUUUGACAACGCCUGCCCCACCCCCAUCCUACAGAAGAAACCAUCCACGGAGCAGCCCCUGUACAGCAGCAGCCUGUGGGGUCCGGCAGUUGAUGGCUAUGACUGUGUGGCCGAGGGCCUGUGGCUGCCGCAACUACACGUAGGCGAUUGGCUGGUCUUUGAGAACAUGGGCGCGUACACCGUGGGUGUGGGUUCCCUCCUCGGGGGGACCCAGGCCUGCCGUGUCACCUAUGCCAUGUCCCGUGUGGCCUGGGAAGCGCUGCGUGGGCAGCUGCUGCCUGCAGAACAGGACGAGGACGCCGAAGGCAUGUGCAAGCCUCUGUCCUGUGGCUGGGAGAUCACAGACACCUUGUGCGUGGGCCCCGUCUUCACCCCGGCGAGCAUCAUGUGAGCAGGCCCCACUGCCCCCAGCUCCCCAGUGGGGCCACAGAGAUGCCUCUAGGAGAGGCGGGGAGGUGGCAAGCAGCGGCACCCUCUGGCCAGGACUCUGGUGCCGGCUCGGCCGCCCCUGCGCUCUGCCUGUAGUGUUUCUGCCCUGUAAAUAGGACCAGUCUUACACUUGCUGUAGUUCAAGUAUGCAACAUAAAUCCUGUCCCUUCCAGCCGUGUCUGCCUCCUCUGCAGUGCAUGGGGCCUGGUCAGCCAGGUGUGGGGGUGUUUUUGGGGUCUCGCUUGGUUCCUUCCCACCUUUGUAAAUAUGAAGCAAAUAAAUACUUAGGUUUUUUGUUUUUUUUUUUAAAUACUCCUGUGGAGUCUGGCAAUUUGAUUUACAAGGCAGCCUAGGCUAGGCCUGGGGCUAGAUGCCUCCGCUGACUGCACUGCUGACCCCUGCCCUCAGCCUCUGUCCUGACCACUCUCUUGAGCCCCGGCUGCAGUGUGGCAUCUCCCACAGGCACCCACCUUCCCUGACUCUUCUCUCUCCUCUUUGCAGGCCGCCAUGCCUGGUGUCAUGAGGAAGGGUGAGCUGUUAGCUUAAGGUGGGAGAUCAGAGUAGUCCCCCUUCAGCUCUGCAGCUGAUGAGUGGCCUCUGUGUCAAUCUAACACCCAGCGGAGGCCUGGGCCAGAGUAAGGGCAGCUAUCUGACACAGCUUGGGAAAUUCAUACCAAAGAUAAAGACCAAAGGGAUGGAAGGCUGGGAGGUUUUGAAGGGACCCUGCAUUCUUACCCUCCUUGCAGUUCGGCAAGGCAGUUAAGAGUAAGCAAACUGCGUGGUGGUUGACUUUGCUUGUCCCAGCAGUAACUGUUAGAACAGGGGUGGCCAUAGAAUGCCAUCAUGUCCAGCGCCCAGGGCCCUGACGUUUCCUUCACGUUGCCAGGGUCCCCAGCUGCACACCUGGGUUGUGUGAGCUGCCAGGCAAAGAAGGAGUUCAGAUCUUAGAGUGCUCCCCAGUGCUGCCGGGGGCCUUACAGGUUGUUUUUCUGCAAUUUCUUCUUUUUUUUUUUUAAAAUUGAGAUAUAAUCCACAUGCCACAAAAUUUACCUUUUUGAAGUGUACAAUUCAGUGUGUUUUAGUAUAUCCAUAGAACUGUGCAGCCAUCACCACUGUCUAAUUCCAGAACAUACUCAUCACUCCAGAAAGAAAUCCUGUACCCAUUGGCAGUCACUCCCCAUCCUCCCAUGCUCCCAGCCCUAGACAACCACUAAUCUGUUUUCCAUCUCUGUGGAUUUGCCUCUUCUGGAAUUUCAUUGCAGUUGUUAUUAUACCUUCACUUGAGCUUCUCUCCCAGUAUGCCUGGCCACCCCACUCUAGUAUCUUAGCCACUUGCAGGUCCUGCACAUGGCUUUGAGGUCAUCUAAUGAGGUCAUCAAUGUCCCAUCUUUUCUAAGUGAACAAGGUGCCUGCCAGAAGCAGGGGUGUCUCCCUUUUCCAGGCUGAACAUUCAGAACACCCAGAGACGUAGAGAGCAAUCAACAAGGGUUACUCUACUGUCCUUUUGGUAUCCAUCCAAAGCUUGCCUGGCCUCAGCCCUCCACCUAUGAGACUAUACCUGAGAUUUCUUCCAUUUCAGAUGUCCACGUGGAUCUGGACCCAUUCAUGCUUCCUUGUUUGGGGGGAGGGCAGCAGAUUUUUCUCUGGGAACCUGGCAUCUGCUUCCAAAGGCAGUAGGAGCCCUGAGGUAGGUAAGACUGGCCACUGUGAGCUCCAGGCCAUUACCUUGUCUGAGGCAGGCUCUUGGGGGAAGGCCCUCUGGCUUUUUUUUUUGUUUUUCCCUAUACUAAUUCAUGUGUGUAUAUAUAUGUAUAUGUGUAUGUGUGUAUAUAUAUAUAAAACAAAUUUUUUUAUUGUGGUAAAAAUAUACACAACAAAACAUUCAUCCAUAUGUACAAUUCAGUGACAUUGAUGACAGUCUUCAUAUUGUGCAACCUUUGUUGCUAUCCUUUUCCAAAUUAUUCCACCACCAUUAAUAUAAAGUCAAUGCCCCCUAAGCAAAAACUCCCCCUUUUCCCCUCCGUUCCACCCCUGGUGGCCACUAAUAGUCCUUGAUUUCUAUGUAUUUGCUUCUUUCAGGUAAGUAUUUGUGCUUUUGUGACUAACUACUUCACUCGGCGUGUUUUCUAGGUUCCUCUGUGUAGUGGCAUGCACCAGGACUUCAUUCUCUGUAUGGCUGGGUACUAUUCCUUUGCAUGUGUUCACUGCAUCUUGUUUAUCCAUUCAUCUGUUGAUGGAUAUUUUGGUUGUUUCCAUCUUUUGGCUCCUGUGAAAAGUACUGCAGUGAACAUUGGUGUACAGUGUCUUCUGGAUAUAUACCUAGGGUUGGGAUUGCUGGGCUGUCUCUGGCUUUUACGGUGAUAGCAGCUGGCAAGGAUUUUGAAUAGAUUUCUCACAGGGACUUUUCAAGGGCUGCGCAUCCAAUUGUUGCAAGGAUGUGAGAUUUACCUUCUGAGAAAGAUACACGUAGAACUUCAUGUGACCUACUUGAGAAAAAUAGUUCACGAUCACUUUUCAGUUCUUUGUUUUCAUUUCCAUCUUUUUCCCAAGAGAAAGAACAAUAAAGCAUUAAAUAUGUAGAGAAUGUUGGAGAACA